CAUCAUCUCCACAAACAACUCCCCUCCACUUCCAAGUUUCAUCGUUGGAAAAAUACAUCACAAAUUAAGAGAAUUUUCUUUUCACUUGUAUCACUAAGAGAAGAACAUGGCCGAGAAGAACCAACAGGUUUAUCCUUUGGCACCAGCAAAUGGUUACACAAGAAGCGAUGCAGAGUCUUUGGAAACCGCUGAUGAGCUGAAGCGCAAGAAGAGAAUCAAAUUGGCCAUUUAUAUUGGCAUUUUCAUUGUGUUUCAGAUCAUGGUCAUAACCGCGAUGAGUUUCACUGUCAUGAAAGUAAAAACCCCAAAGGUUCGGCUAGGCAACAUCAACGUGCAAGACCUCAACUCCGUCCCAGCAACACCUUCAUUCGACACUAAAUUCACAACACAAAUCAGAGUCAAAAACACAAAUUUUGGUCCAUACAAGUAUGAUGCAGGCAUUGUCACGUUUUUGUACCAAGGCGCGACUGUUGGGCAAGUUUCUAUUCCCAAGAGCAAGGCUGGAAUGUUUUCCACCAAAAAAAUCAAUGUCGAGGUGAACUUGAGUUCAAGUGCAUUGAGCGGUACCAACCUUGGCAGUGAAAUGAGCAACGGGGUGUUGACUCUCAACAGCGCAGCUAAGUUAACAGGAAAAGUUGAAUUGAUGCUUAUAAUGAAGAAGAAGAAGUCUUCCACCAUGGACUGCACCAUGGCGUUUGAUUUGUCAUCCAAGACGCUCAAAAGUUUGCAGUGCAAGUGAUUACCUGCGACAUCAAUACUUGUACUUGAUUUGUUAAUUUUUUAAUUCGUUCUCUUUGUUACUUGCAUUUUGUUGGAGAACUAUAUAUUAGAUUUCUCUAUAAUUUUAAGCCAAUGAGGCCCCGGGCCUGAUUUGUUA